AUGGAUGGUUUAAAUGCAAAAAGUCAAGAGGAGACUCAAGAAGAAAUUAUGCCACUACGAACAUUUAGUUCUCGACGUCAACAUCAAAAAUUACAGUUUGCAGAAGAAAAAGAACAACAAGAAAAAUCACCGUCAUCUUUGAAAUCUUCUAUACGAACUACUCGUCUUUUAUCAAUUUAUGAUCCAUCUCUUCAAUUGCCAGGUGCAAAACUCUUGCAAUUACAACAAUUACAUAAUCAAUUUACACAGAAUAAUGAUUUAUCAAUCUCAGAAGAAAUAACUGAUGAACUACUUGAUAAAAUACCAUUCAAAAUUGAAAUAAUUCCUGAACGACGAGAUGAUUUUAUUGAACAAGAAAGUUCAUUAACAAAAAAUCGUCGACAUCAUAAAGAACCUUUGGAAAUACCAAAAGUUAUACCAAGUGGUUUAAGUGAAGAACGUCGUCUAGAAAUAAUUGAAGAAAUUCUUAAAAAUUUAAAUAAAAAAAAUCUACUUGAUGAUAUUCGUCGAGCAGAUGCCAUACCAUUUCGAUUACCAAAAAAUAAUCAACUACAAAAAAAGGUAGCUGAACGUAUUCGUGAUUUAACUGGAAGCGAAAUAGUUAUGCUUAAUGAUCAUGUUUAUAUGAAAAAUUUAUGUCAACGUACUGAUGAAGAAUAUAAAAAAGAACUUGAAGAAAAAUUAAAACGACUUGAAUCAAAUGAAAAACGUCGAUUAUUAUUUGAAAAUAUUUUUUCAAUUUGA